UUGGGUUAAAAGCAGAAGACAAAUGUCAGUAGGACCUUGUGUGCAAUUAACCAAUAAGUGAUAUUAAUACGUUUGAGAGUGGUGAUAGUUCUCCAGGCCCAUUGCUCAGCUUUUUACUAACACAGAGGCAGUGUGUCCACUUUGUUAUUGUUUCAAUUAAGGAUUCUAGCUUUAAACAGGCUCCAAUGCCAAUCUGUCUACAACACCAAAUAGAAUAAAAUCCAAGUGAACGGCAAAGUUAUGUGCAUCCCAAAUGACACCCUUUUCCAAAUGACACCCUUUUCCCUUUGCAGUACACUACUUUUGACCAGGACUCAUAGGGCAAUGUGGGGAAUAGGGUGCCAUUGGGACGCACAUAAUGGAGGCAAGGGAGUACAAACAUUUGGGGAGAUAUAUUUUCAUCUUGUUUUUUUUCUGUUCAUCAUGACCAUUUUUGUUAUAAAGAGUAAUAUAAAGAAAACAUAGCAAUCAAGAUAUUGUGCAUGGUGAAAGGUGCAUUGUGGAGCACAUUCAUUGCAUUAUCACAGUUAAUGUGUUGCUGAAUGUUUACAUCACAUCAUUUAAAAGGCUUAUCAAGUCCUUCUUGAUAUGUAUCCAAUUCUCAAUUUACGUAAAUAAAGGAAUUCAAAUGAUGCAACCCUUUUGAAACGUUCGCGUUUGCUUUCGAUUGCACUCUUCCUGCACUAUAAAAGAAGACAGGCUUAUCAAUUGACAUCACAGUAAGGUUUCUAUUUCUCCGGUGGGCGUCAGCAUCACUAGAAAAGGGAAGGCAAGGACUCUGGGCUUAGGAGUCAAGAUGAUACCCUAUGUGGCGUUGUGCAAAUAUUUUCCUGUCGCUAUAGUUGUGGUCAUAGUUUUCAGUGUCAAUGGAUACAUUGAAGAUCCUCUUUUUGACUGCCUGCAAGAUUCAGACUAUGCCGAACUCCAUGAAAUUGUGAACAGAGGUCUUCCCUUCACAAAGACACCUCAUCGUAUUGCCAUCGUCGGUGGUGGUAUUGCUGGACUGACUGCAGCAAAGUUUCUGGAGGACGCAGGGCACAAGGUGACUUUAAUAGAGGCAAGUGGUCGAAUUGGAGGACGGGUGGAGACCUACAGAAAUAGAAGAGAGGGAUGGUAUGCAGAACUGGGUGCUAUGAGGAUCCCUAGCUUUCACAAAAUUCUUUUAUCAUUUGCAUUAAAAAUGGGCCUUGGACUGAAUCCAUUUAUCCAGGAUGACAUCAACACAUACUACUAUGUAAACGGGUUGCUACAGAAAACAUAUACGGUUAAAGAGAACCCAGACGUGCUGAACUAUCCCUUGACUGACAAGGAAAGGGGAAAAUCGGCUGGUCAGCUCUUCGACUUGGCCCUGUGGAAGAUAAGGGAUGAUAUCAAGACAGCUGGCUGCGAGGCCAUGUUGAGAAAAUAUGACUCGUACUCAGUCAAGGAGUAUCUCGUGAAGGAGGGGAACCUGAGUCGUGGUGCCAUGCGCAUGAUUGGAGAUAUCCUGAAUGAGAACAGCCUCUUUUACGCAUCACUUACUGAGAUGCUGUAUAUUCAGUCAGAUAUUAACGACAACACUGUCUAUUACGAGAUCACUGAUGGGUUUGACCAUUUACCGAGGGCAUUUUACCAGGCCCUCAACAGUACCAUUCUUCUCAACUCCAAGGUCCGACUCAUCAGUCAAACCAGCAGCAACGUAACCGUAUCCUACCAGGACUGGCGCAAUCCAUCCUCCCUGACCAACCUUACAGUAGACUAUGCCCUGGUGACAGCUACAGCGAAGGCUACCCUCUUCAUGGAUUUCCAACCCCCGCUGUCACCCCAGAAGAUGGAGGCCCUGCGGUCCGUGCACUACGCCAGCUCCACCAAGGUGGUCCUCAGCUUCAGUGAGCGAUUCUGGGAAAAGGAGGGCAUCAAAGGGGGGAAGAGCAUCACAGAUCUCCCCUCUCGUUUCAUCUACUACCCUAGCCACAGCUUCCCAGGCACGGCUGGGGGGGCUCUUCUGGCAUCCUACACCUGCUCCGAUGACUCCACUCUGUUCCAGGGGGUCAGCGAGGAUGAACUGAAGGCUUUGGUGCUGGAUGACCUGGUAAAGAUCCAUGGGGAGGCUAUACGACCUCUCUGCACUGGAGGGUUGGUGAAGAAGUGGGGGCUGGAUCCCUUCAGCCUGGGGGCUUUUGCCAUUUACACACCUUACCAGCAGACGGACUACGCCUCGGACCUGUUCAGGAAUGAGAGCAGAGUCCACUUUGCUGGGGAGCAUACGGCCCUACCUCACGCUUGGAUCGAGACUGCCAUGAAAUCUGCACUAAGGGCAGCCAGGAACAUAAGUAACCUGGCAUGA